UCACCGUAGAUCCGGAAGUCGUGUUUCACAACCAUCAGUGCUCCCCGUGUGACAUUCACCGGUUUGCUUGGGGAGUUGAGGAAAGGCACAGAACCGACCACCUAAACUCUUGCCAAGAUGACACUUCUUCAUACGGCCCUGUGUUUGACAAAACGGCACGCACUCACUCCAAGAGGUGUCACUCUCAAGAAGGUACUCGUCGACAGCUGCCGAUCGUGCUCGUCCGGUGUUGUCCCCAACGAGAGGAUCCGCAACAUCGGCAUCUCCGCGCAUAUCGACUCGGGGAAGACCACCCUGACCGAACGCGUGCUCUACUACACGGGUAGAAUAGCGGAGAUCCACGAGGUAAAGGGGAAAGAUGGCGUUGGGGCCACCAUGGACUCCAUGGAGCUGGAGAGACAAAGGGGCAUCACAAUCCAGUCAGCUGCUACCUACACUAUGUGGAAGGACCACAAUAUCAACAUAAUCGAUACACCAGGUCACGUGGACUUCACCAUUGAAGUGGAACGAGCCCUGCGUGUGCUUGAUGGUGCCGUGUUGGUCCUGUGCGCCGUGGGCGGAGUGCAAUGUCAGACAAUGACGGUGAACCGGCAGAUGAAGCGCUACAGCGUGCCCUUCCUCACCUUCAUCAACAAGCUGGACCGCCUGGGCGCCAACCCCGGCAGAGCCCUGCAGCAGCUGAGGACCAAACUGAAUCACAACGCCGCCUUUGUGAACAUCCCUAUGGGCCUGGAGGGCAACAUGAAAGGCAUCAUUGACCUUGUAGAGGAGAGAAGCAUGUAUUUUGAAGGACCUUUUGGGCAAGUCAUCCGCUACGAUGACAUACCGGCGGAUUACCGCGCGGAGGCUGCGGACCGCAGACAGGAGCUGGUGGAAUGUGUCGCCAAUGCUGAUGAAGUCUUGGGAGAGAUGUUCCUGGAGGAAAAGAUUCCGACCAACGAGGAUUUGAAGGCCGCCCUGCGCAGGGCCACAGUGCAGCGUCUCUUCACGCCAGUUUUAGUAGGCUCCGCUUUGAAGAACAAAGGUGUUCAGCCCCUGCUGGAUGCCAUACUCGAUUUCCUGCCCAACCCCACCGAGGUCAAAAACUAUGCCAUCCUCAACGAUGAAGAUUCAAAUGAGAGCUCAAAGAUCCAAAUGGACCCGACAAGGGAUUCCGCAAAGCCCUUUGUCAGUCUGGCCUUCAAACUGGAGGCAGGUCGUUUUGGUCAGCUGACAUACAUGCGGGUGUAUCAGGGUUGCUUGAGGAAGGCCGAGUAUAUCUACAACACGCGCACCAGUAAGAGGGUGCGCGUGCAGAGGCUGGUGCGCUUGCAUGCUGACCAGAUGGAGGAUGUAGAUGAGGUGUAUGCGGGUGACAUCUGCGCUCUGUUUGGCAUCGACUGCGCAAGCGGAGACACGUUCACGUCCAAAAUCAGCGAACACCUCUCCAUGGAAUCGAUUCACAUCCCAGAUCCUGUCAUUUCCAUGUCCAUGAAACCAACCAACAAGAACGACCUGGAUAAAUUCUCGAAAGGCAUUAACCGCUUCACCCGGGAAGAUCCAACCUUCCGGGUUCACUUCGACACUGAAAACAAAGAGACCAUCAUCUCGGGCAUGGGCGAACUGCAUCUCGAGAUCUACUCCCAGAGGAUGGAGAGAGAGUAUAACUGCCCCUGUGUGAUGGGAAAACCCAAAGUGGCCUUCAGAGAGACCAUCACUGCUGCUGUGCCGUUUGACUUCACUCACAAGAAGCAGAGUGGAGGUUCUGGUCAGUAUGGAAAAGUUAUCGGUGUCCUUGAACCUCUGGAGCCGGAACAUUACACCAAGCUGGAGUUUCAAGACCGGACUGUGGGAACUAACGUUCCAAAGCAGCUUGUGCCAGCCGUAGAAAAGGGCUUCAGGGAGGCUUGCGAGAAGGGACCCCUAAGUGGCCACAAGAUCUCCGGAGUGCGAUUUCUCCUGGAGGAUGGAGCGCAUCACAUGGUGGACUCCAAUGAAAUCUCUUUUAUCCGCGCAGGGGAGGGCGCACUAAAACAAGCUAUGGAGAAGGCCAACAGCACCAUCUUGGAACCUAUCAUGUCGGUGGAAAUCGUGGCGCCUCAGGAAUUUCAAGGUGUGGUGAUCGCAGGGGUGAACCGCCGCCACGGCGUCAUUACCGGCCAGGAUGGAGCUGAAGGAUACUUCACACUUUACGCUGAUAUUCCACUAAACGACAUGUUUGGCUAUGCCACAGAACUACGCUCUUGCACUGAAGGCAAGGGUGAGUACACCAUGGACUACAGCAGAUAUCAGCCGUGUCUACCAAACACACAGGAAGAACUCAUCCACAAGUAUUUGGAGACAACGGGCCAGUUGCCUACAAAGAAGAAAUGGAAGAGCUGAUUCCUCAUCACGGUCCAGCUUUAUAAUUCAAUCACGUGGACUCCAAACUUUUACACUGUAGAUUUUGUAAGUGGACCCAUCUCCCACCUAGUCUGGGGAAACUUAAUUUAUUAUUAGAACCUUGAUAUGUACAUCAUGAGCAGCCUUCAAUUCUUCCUUGGGCAAACAAGCAUAUGAAUAUUCAUUGGAAAAAGCAAAGAAUUAGAAAAAUAUUCAAAUCAAUUUCCUUUUAGGGAUUAAAUUAGUAUAUAAAAUAUAGUAAGUUACAUUGUGUAGUUGUGCUCAUACGUUUACAUUCCCUGUGAGAAUUUUUAAGAUAUGUACCAUUCUUUAACUAAAACAUGAGUGAUUUAAAUUUUAAGGGCAUUUUUUUUCACAAUCAUUAUAAAAAACAACACACACAGCAAUGAAGAAAAUAUUGAGAUGGUUCCCGUUCAAAUGAGAAUCAGUUCUCAACAGAGGUUAAAAAAAUGAAGAAAUAAAAUGAAAUAUUUUCCCCCAAAUUGACAAUAUUUCACAAAUUCUUUCAGGGUGGAUAAACUUACGAAAACAACUGCAUGCUAUUAAGUAUUGAAAUGAGUGCCCUACGAAGGAUUUAGAAGAAAAAAUGCUGAAUAUUUAUACUGUUUUGGCCAAUGUUUUUGUAUUAUGUACAGAAUGGAUUUAAUAACGUGAUGACUGCAACAAAUACAUAGUCUGUAAAAACUGAA